AUGUUCUCAAAGAUCACAAGAAAAUUUCACAAAUCAGACAAUUUAAGACCGAAAUUGUUGCACUUUAAAGAGUUUUGUAAACUCGAUACACAAACUCAGAAAACAUACGUUCGUGGUUUAUUCCACAAACACCAAAGGGGUGCAAGAGAAAUAAGCCAAGAGCUUCAUCAAACUCCAACAACAGAAGUUUCAAGUUCAAUAUAUUCUACAGAACCAUCUAGUUCAGUUUAUUCCGAUGCUACUCCUGUUAAUUCCAACACCAUUCCCCAACAUACUGAAGAACCAUAUUAUAUUGGAAACAACGGAACCGUGUACAUUCAAGACGAAUUUGAUGUUAUUUCCGAAGAAAUGAAUACGAAUGAAUGGCAAUAUUUAUCAUGGGAUUUUGAAUCCCAAGCUGUGACUGCCCCUAGUUUUAAUAUUCCCGCAACACCUACAUCUACUAAGACUUUUUACAUGGAUAACAACCACAAAGAAGAAGAGGAAAUUACAUUGCCAACUAGAGAAUUAAAGAGUUCAUUAAGAAUUAAUACUUACAAUGCUUCCAACAGGCCAAUCAAAAUGGUGAGAUUCAACUUUCCUACUCCUGAUGCUUCUCCUACUACGUCUAGUCAUGCUACAUCUACUAAAAAUUUUUACAUGGAUAACCGCCACAAAGAACAAGAGGAAAUUACAUUAGCAAUUAGACCAAAAAAGAGUUCACUCAGAACUGAUACUUGCAACGCAUGCAACAGGCCCAUAAAAACGGUGAGAUUCAAACUUCCUACUCCGCCUGCUUCUCCUGUUGCUACUGCUACAACUACUGCUCCUCCUGAUGCUGCUACACGUUUUACUACUUCUAUUCCUACUGUUGCUAGUUUGACCAACGUUGAAAGGAACAUAAGAUAUGAAGAUUCGUUGAGCAGCGCUCUCAUGAGCGCUCUCCAAACAAUUGAAAAUGGACGUGGCCAUGGUGUUCCACGAAAUGCUUUCCCUACUAGAAAUACCUAA